AUGUCUGACUCUGAGUCCAGGAUGAUUGGAAACCAGUCCUUCUGUACCAAAUUCACAUUUGUGGCUUUUUCUGCUCUAGCAGAGUUACAACCUAUGCUCUUUGUUGUGUUCUUAGCCAUCUACUUGUUUACUCUGGGAGGAAACCUCAUCAUUAUCUUCCUGAUCUGGGUGUCUCCUUCCCUGCACACCCCCAUGUAUUUCUUCCUGGUGAACCUCUCCUUUCUGGAGAUGUGCUACACCACCAGUGUGGUGCCUCAGAUGCUGGUGCACCUGCUGGUGGAGAACAAGACCAUUAGCGUGGGAGGCUGUGCAGCCCAGAUGUUCCUAUUUACCAUCUUGGGACUGACAGAAUGCUGGCUGCUGGCGGCCAUGGCUUAUGAUCGCUUUGUAGCUAUUUGUCACCCACUGCAUUACACUCUCCUUAUGGGCCCCCGUGUGUGUUUGAAAUUGGCCACAGCAUCUUGGACCACCGGGGUGAUGGUGGAGUCAGCCCAGACCACAUGGAUCUUCACUCUGCCCUUCUGUGGAACAGGAAAGAUUCAGCACUUUUUCUGUGACAUCAUGCCUGUAGUGAAACUGGCUUGUGUGGAUACCUCCCAAAAUGAGGUCGUGUUGUUUGCUAUCUCUGUGCUCUUCAUUAUGAGUCCAUGUUUGCUCAUUCUGUGCUCCUAUGUGUGCAUUCUUGUGGCCAUCUUGAGGAUCCGCUCUGCAGCUGGAAGACACAAAGCUUUCUCCACUUGUUCAUCUCAUAUCCUGGUUGUUUCUCUCUUCUAUGGCACUGCCUUGUUCACUUAUCUCCAACCUAAGGCUGCCCACACUCCAGAAACAGACAAAGCAACUGCACUCAUGUACACAGUGGUCACGCCUGCUCUGAACCCUCUGAUCUACACCUUGAGGAACAAGGACGUGAAGGAAGCCUUUCAAAGGAAACUUCUUAGACAAAUGGCCUAA